UACCCCGAAAGAGAGGGAGGGAAGGGAAAGGGAAAUCCAGGGAGGGGAUACUCGUAGAUUCCUCUCCUCUCCUCGCCUCGCCUCGCUGCACUGCCGCCGCCGGAACCUCCUCGGCGUUGUGGAUCGAUCUGGUCUGUCUGGGGCAACCAAAAAAAAAAAAGAAGCAAGAGCAGCAAGAUCUGUCCUCCUCCAAGUGCAAGAUUUUCAUCUCUUUAUUAGGGUAGAACUAGAAGAGUUGGCAUGGGGAUUCCCAAUCCCAGCGACGAGGUGGUGCAAGUCCGGCACGCCGAUGUCGCCGGCGACCCAACCGUCAUCACGAUUAGCUGCCCCGACAAGACGGGCCUCGGCUGCGACCUCUGCCGGGUCGUCCUCCUCUUCGGCCUCAACAUCCUCAAGGGAGACAUGAGCACGGAUGGGAGGUGGUGCUACAUCGUGCUGUGGGUGGUUGCAAGCCCAGGCCGCCGAGCCAUAACAUUGAGAUGGGACCUUCUCAAGGACAGAUUACUCCACCUCUGCCCUGUCACCGCGCCCUUCGCCUUCGAUGCUGCCGCGCCUCCUGCCCCCUCUCGCAUCUACUUGCUCAAAUUCUGCUGCUACGACCGUCUCGGCCUCUUGCAUGACGUGACACGCGUGUUAUGCGAACUGGAGCUCACAAUUCGUAGGGUGAAGGUCUCCACCACACCUGAUGGGAGAGUGAUCGACCUUUUUUUCAUCACAGAUGCUAGGGAACUUCUACAUACAAAGAGCAGAAGGGAAGAGACCUAUGACAAACUUCAGAGUGUUUUAGGCGACUCAUUGACAAGCUGUGAAAUAGAAUCUGCUACAGAGGAAAUGUCCGCUUGCCUCCAAGCUUCUGCAUUGUUGCCACAAUCUGUGGUGGAACAGAUGUUUAACGUAGAUGUUGUAGAGGAGCAAUCCAGGUCUUGUGGUAACCUGUCAGUUGCGAUGGACAACUCUCUCAGCCCUGUGCACACUCUUAUUCAGAUCCAGUGUGGUGACCAUAAAGGCCUCGUAUAUGACAUCAUGAGAACACUCAAGGACUGUAACAUCCAGAUUUCGUAUGGGCGAUUCUACGCCAGCCAGAAUGGCAACUGUGAGGUGGAUUUGUUUGCUGUACAAUCAGACGGGAAGAAGAUCCUUGAGCAGCACAAGCAAAGAGCACUAUGUUCCCGGCUGAGGAUGGAGCUCCACCGUCCGUUGCGCGUGGCAUUGGUGGACAGAGGUCCUGACACAGAACUGCUGGUGGCAAACCCGGUGGAGGCGUGUGGCAAGGGUAGACCUCUGGUGUUGUACGACAUCACCCUUGCUCUCAAAAAGCUCCACAGACGAAUCUUCUUGGCUGAGAUUGGGAGGCACGUGGUGGCUGACAGGGAAUGGGAGGUUUACAGGGUGCACCUUGGCGAGGGGGAUCAUGAGCUCUCCUCUUCACUGCGGAACAAGAUUGUUGAUGGAGUCACUAACAUGCUCAUGGGCUGGGACAGUCCUCCUCCAUCUUAGUAGUUCACUACUACUACUGCUACUGCUGCAGUUAACCCUGCUUUGUACAUAUAGAUAUAGAUGUAGUGGCUGCUGUAAUUUCUGUGCCUUUAAAGUCGUACAAGUGUUGGCAGUAGCUUUGACUGAUCACCUGCUAAUUCUCAGUGUUGUAGUGAGAUCUCACACCACACCAGUUGUAUCAUCAACAAUCAGUGCUGCACUGAAGAAAUGGUCUCGAUCUCACAGGAGAUUUGCUUAACCCUAAUCAAGUUGAAGUGCACGCAAGCCAGUGCAUACUGAAAAUAGCCACUUUGCAAA